UUUUUUUUUUGUCGGAGGGCAGAAAGUGCUGGUACAUCCGCGGGCUGCUCGCUGGGGCAUAACCGUCUUGGUCUAGCAGCGCCACAGCGAUGGCCGACAGAGAAGAGCGACGCUUUGCCGAGGUAUCACGGGAGUCCGUCAGGCUCAUGGCCGAAAGCGCUGGAGUGGAGCUCACUGAUGAAGUUGCCGCCUUGCUGGCUGAGGAUGUGUGCUACCGCCUGAGAGAAGCUACACAGAGUAGCUCUCAAUUCAUGAGACAUGCCAAACGGCGCAAACUGACAGUCGAGGACUUCAACAGGGCGCUUCGGUGGAGCAACGUGGAGGUGGUCUGUGGGUAUGGGGCCCAAGAUGUGCUGCCCUUCAGGCCGAUAAAGGAAGGGGAGCUGUUUUUUGUGGAGGACCGAGACGUUAACCUGGUGGAGCUGGCACUGGCCACAAAUAUUCCCAAGGGCUGUGCGGAGACCAUGGUGCGAGUCCAAGUGUCCUACCUUGACGGGAAGGGAAACCUAGAGCCUCAGGGCACAGUACCUACUGCGGUGCAGUCUCUGUCAGAUGACUUGUACAAGUACUACCAGCAGAUCACUCGCUCCAUCCUGGGGGAGGACCCACACCUCAUGAAGGUGGCUCUGUUAGAUCUCCAGUCAAACUCGAAGAUUGCUGCACUCCUUCCAUACUUCGUGUAUGUCAUCAGUGGGGUGAAGUCUGUCAGCCAUGACCUGGAGCAGCUGAACCGCUUGCUGCACAUGGUGAAGAGCCUGGUGCAGAACCCCUACCUGUACCUGGGCUCUUACGUGCGCAGCCUGGUGUCCAGUGUCAUGUACUGCAUCCUGGAGCCUCUGGCCGCCUCCAUUAACCCCCUGAAUGACCACUGGACCCUGCGUGACUAUGCCGCCUUGCUGCUCAGCCACAUCUUCUGGACCCAUGGGGACCUGGUGAGUGGCCUGUACCACCAGAUCCUGCUGUCCCUUCAGAAGGUGUUGUCGGACCCCGUGCGGCCGCUCUGCUCGCACUAUGGGGCUGUGGUGGGGCUGCACGCGCUGGGCUGGAAGGCUGUAGAACGUGUUUUAUACCCCCACCUCCCGGCCUACUGGGCCAACCUCCAGGCCGUGUUGGAUGACUAUUCUGUGUCCAACGCCCAGGUCAAGGCUGACGGGCACAAGGUUUAUGGGGCCAUCUUGGUGGCAGUGGAACGUCUGCUGAAGAUGAAGGCCCUGUCUCUGUCUGGGUCAACAGAAGUAAGGGUUGAUGGGAUGUCGGGUGCUGGGGGGACCAUCGGAGGCCGUGAGAGCUCCCCCGGGCUGAGCCCACCCCCUGAGCCGCAAUCCGAGCCGGGCUUGGGUAUCGCCAGCCACCUACAGGCGGGCGGCGCAGGCUUGCCCUGGGAGGAGUGGACACCUGUGCCCCUUCCUGCCAUGUACUGCGAGCUCUACUCCUUCUUUGGGGACAGCCUGGCAGUGCGCUUCAGUGCUGGUCCCAGCGUCGGGGGCAGCCCCCCGGUGGCCUCACUGCAACCCCCUGGCCCUAGGAAGGACACUCCUGGCAGUGGCAGCGCUGGGAGCGGCGGCACUGCCAGCCUGGACACCACGCGCAAGAUGCCCCAGCUGACAGCCAGCCUCAGCAUCAGCCCGCGGCAGGACGGCAGCCCCAAUGGCGAGCCAGCGCCGCCCAGCCUGCCAGCCCCUGGAAGAUCCUUGCCUCGUUCCUCUUCCUGCUCGUCAUCAGUGCAGCGCUCCCGCUCGUCAUCUGCUCGGCCAGGCCAGCGGCCACUGGGUCCAUCCCGUGACGUCUUCCCUAAGGCCCGCUUUGCCCCCCUGCUGACCAGGCCCCCUGCCUUCUCCUUCCUCAUUGGCGGACGGCAGAUGGGUCGCCGGUGCCAGGCCCGCCGCUUCCAGACGAGCUUUACUCCGUCGGCAGCCUUAUCGGCUCUGCCGCCUCGGGGCUACGCCCACAAGCUGCCUGUCAUCGGCAGGGUCAGCAAGCCACUGCGCCGCUGGGCCUGCUCCCACUACUCUCUGCACCUGCCUCUGUGAGCCACCUCCACUGCAAACAGCAGCCAGACUAAAGCUGAAAGGGGCUCGCCAGUGCAUCCCUGGCCCAGAUCAGCCGGCCUGACCUCUGGCCUGGCGUGAGUCCCCUUGCCCCUCACUGUCUGGAGAAUAUAAACAAUUUCCUAUUUCUUUGGACUGUUACUGGGGAGGUAACAUUUCAGUAAGGAAACCCAUACUGUGCCUCACACUUAGCUCUCUUACAGGUAACAUUUGCAGUUGUACAGUAGUACUUUUUUCUCAUCCUUUCAUGUUCAUUUUUUGUGGACUUUGUUGCAUACCAGAGUGCCAAGGGUGAUAUGCAUGGAAUUAGAGUAGGACACAGGAUGUUCAACUCACACCAAGUAGACACUUUUUGGAAAGAAGGCUGUAUUUGCUUCUGUUUGUAGGGAAUGCAGCCUUCACAUAUAAAUCUUACAUCAUAUUGUCUAAUAUAGCAUUUUAAUGCUAAAUUAGACUUAAAAGAUAUUGUCAUUGUCCUUCCCUUUAUACAUGUGUAUUACAUGUAACAUAUGUACCCAUGUGAAUUUAUAGUAAAUAUUGUGGUUUUUAUGAUUUGUGUUUCUGUGGGUUGAUGUUAAUUCACAUAAAGAUGAAAAAUGCUAUCAAUA